AUGGCUCGAAAGAUAUCUAGUAACCCCACCACCAUCUUGGAGCAGCGAGAUAUAGAGAGCGGGAUGAGUGAAUUCUCAAGAUAUCUUCCAAUUCGGACAUGUUUGACUUCAUCCCCACCAGGUUUAUCGUCUGGUUUACCUCCUCACUCCCACCAGGACAAACCAGACCACCUCGAAUUAGGGGAUGCUUCUCCUAAUCGGCUUGGAAAUCGACGAUUGGAGCAUCCUGGAUACAUCGGGGACUGAGGAGUCUUCCUGAAGGGCAGUUGUUGGGAAAGCAGUUUUAUCUUUAAACCUGUCACAGAGCGAUUAAAACUUUUUUAGGUCCUUGUGCUAAUUUGUAUAGUUAUGAGGAGCCAAUCAGAUAACAGCAUUAUUUUUCAACGGAAUCCUGUUUGUCUUUUUUCGAUUCUCAGGGUAAUAAAAAAAAUCAACGCUGGUAUCUACUUAGUAAUGAUUUAUUUCUCCAUUUCUAAAAGAAAUUAUCCGAAAGCUUCAAUCUUUAUUGGGCGAAUUUAAUAAUUAAAUAUUUUCCAUGAACCAUUGGAUUUGUCCAACUAAAUCGUUGUAUUGUAUAUCAUAAAUCUGUUCUUGUAAUUGUGAAAUAUUGUGAAGAUUGUCGAGUUCUAAAGCGUAACAAAUCACGUUUAUCGACACAAGCCGCAUUCCUGUUUGAAGGGAACUUUUUACAUUCUUCGAAUCAUGAGUAUAAUAAAUAAUAUGUAUUGAUAUAUUUAUUUUCCGAUUAUAUCAGUUCUAAACCUAAUCAUUUCUAUAUAAUUAAUCUCAUAUUUAAGAAAAAAAUGUAAUAUUUAAACAACAAUUAUGUUUUGCGGCCUCACAACUCCAAUAAUAAUAAUAAUAAUAAUGCUUUAUUU